AGAUAGUGACAUGCGACUGACUUGAUUACACGACUGGUUUGUAAACGGACGAAAACGUUUUUGUGAUUCCAUUGCGCGCCAGACACACUCAAGUACAUCAUGUACCUGAUAGUUUUAUCAUCUGCGAUUCUGCUGUGUAAUUUUGACGCUGCCUUCAGCUCAGCUCAACCGCGGCAUCCGCGAGCUAGUGACCAAUGUCAUAGUCUUGUCGACGGGCCGUUUCGUUUCUGCUCGACAAAAGGUGGAUACAAUACUACAUUUCAGUACCCGGAUUUCUUGACUGAUUCAAUGCUUGAACAAGCAGCUAAGACUUUUAGUGAAGCGUUCACCUCCUUGAAGAACUGUUCACAGAAUGGACUAGUUGAAACACUGUUUUGCCAUUACCUCAUUCCUCAGUGUUCCGGGGGUAAACGAAUCUAUCCUUGCAAACGAGUUUGCGGCGAAUUUUUGAAGCAAUGCGAAGACGAGCUCCCUGAAACGUUCAUAGACUACAUUAUCGCAACUUGUCACGUACUUCCAGAUGAAUUAGGUAGUAGCGGUAAAUGCUUUGAGCCCCCUAACUUCUCCACCAAUGACAGCAUCAAAGGUCCGUUGGACCGAGACUGUCAAAAACUGAUUAUUCCUGCGUGUAAGAACCUUCCAGUAUCACAACAAACCCUUAUAUCAGUUGAUAACCAGAAACAUUGGUAUCUUCACGCCUACAAUAAGCAUUACAGUGAGGGGAAUGCAGAGACAGACUUCCCUCCAGAUUUUCUAAAACUGUUAAAGAAGUACCCUAAGUGCCAAGAGCAGCUCAAGAAGAUGUUCUGUGGGGAGAAUUUUCCACCGUGUUUUCCCGGCGAGGGUCAAGGACUUUACUCCAUUUGUAGGUCGGUUUGCGAUGACAUUGUAAGGGACUGUCCGGAGUUUUUCAGGAAUGAUUUUAUAGAAGCUGAAUACUGUGCGUUACUUGGAAAGGGAAACACUAGUCAUGGAUAUUGCAAGCGCACUGAGUGGCCUCCACCCUUCAGUUGGGCUCGUUAUAUACCGCGAGAUUCAGACAAUGUAGGGCCCACUCGUAAAGUCCCGUCCAAAGCCACUAAAGGUGUUAAAGUGUGGGCCAUUGUGGUGUCAGUGGUGGUGGCUCUUAUCAUUGUCGGGCUCAUAGUGCUGGCCGCCAUCUGGAUGAAGUGGCGAUGGAAUCGUGUCCCAAGGUUUGGUUAUAAAAAACAAGAAGACGACAUGGCGCCUUUGGAAGCAGCAGCCGAACUUUGAAGACCCAACACUCCAUGCGUAAAGAUUGUCAAGACGAAACGCGAAAAUCCUUCUGUGGGGGACACUAAAUGUUUGAUAGAAGUGAAGAUAACACCCCCCCUUUUUAGUUGGACAUAUAUACAUCGACCCCUCCCUACAUUGGGCUCGAUUAGUCAGUGGUCCACUUAAGUAUCUGGUGAUCUGGUUCCCAGUGCCUUAUGGUACUUUUCUGAGAUCUACUAUUAGUUUUGUAGCACGUUGUACUUCCUCUAUUUCUCACGUUUUCGUGACCUUGUAGCUCGUGGUAACAUUUAGCUUUUUCGUGUCCUGCAGGAUGCGUGACAGCAUCAAGCCAAUCAAGCAUCAAUAUCGUACCCAGGGCCCGCGUUACCCAUGUCUAGCGGAACGGAAAACGAAUUCCCGUUCCGCUGGGCAAGGGUAACGCGGGCUGUGAGAACGAGAUCGAUCAAGCACCUAAAUAGAUUUCAAAAAAUUUUCAUUGGAAGAUGGUCAUGUCAAGGAGAAUCGUUCUCUUAGAUUACCCUCUCUUGUAAAAUAUCGUUAGAACUCCAAUUACGCGGAACUCUUGCUAUAGCCGUCAUUAGUAAAUGAAUUGUUUAGUAGAACUGGCCAUAGGGACAUUGAAUAUGUAGUUCAGCUUAAUCCUAAUCCUAUCUUUUUUAUUUGGUGUAUUUAGGAUUGUUUCCAACAAAUUAUAUUCUUACAGCAAAGGCCAAUCUCAUGUUAUAUUGAUUCGCUCUGGGCAAUAUAAUCACAAACUGGAGAAAGCUAUUCUCAGUGGGGAGUUUUCUGAUUAAAAAAACCUUUUAACUAGCUUCGUUUAUAGGUAAGAAGAAAAGAAAAACCAAAGUAGAGUUUUAAAAUAAUUCAUUCUUUUAGGUGUCACUAAAAAGGAAAAAAACUGAGCUAAUAUGAAAAAAAUUACGAUAAUAUCGAGACAUUUUAAUAGCUGUAAAAUAUCAGAUCUUCUUCGG